AUGAAUGACACAACUCUUGGUUGUCUGCUGAUUGUUUUAAGUGUAGGAUUUGGUAUCUACUACACUGCAUGGGUUAUAGGACUUCCAUUCUUUGAAGCAGAUCAUUUUAUCCACAACUUGUUUCCCUCUGUUCACUUUGCUCUUUUGAUUCCUGCGUUAAUGGGUCUCGCUUUUAUUGGGUCCUUGAUUGUAUUCUGUUUUAUUGAAUUGAAAGCUGCUUCAUCUGCAUCUAAGAAGAGGUGA